CUACAGGGGCCUGGGAGCAGUUGGAACUUGGUGUCACAGAGCAUCCCAGGGCCCAGGCGGAGAGGGAGCUGAAAUGACUGGCCCCCCUGUGCUAUGAAGCCUGUUGGGGUGCCUGCCUCUAAAGGAGUGCCGGGAAGGCAUUAGAUUGAUCACAGCCGAUUUCCCUGCACCAUGGGUUGGGGCAGGAGCUGGGAGGCAGGGGUAACCCUGUACCCGUUCCUCCUCCAAGCCGUCUUUGGAUCUUACCUGCUUCACGUGGAUGUUUCCCAGGUUGAGAGACCCCUGAAGCACUUCUGGAAAAGCACUGGAUUCUGUCCUCCUCUACCACACAACAGGGCGGAUUUAUUUGACCUCAGUAAAGACCAAGAGCUCAACCUUGCCUAUGUGUCUUCGGUACCUCAUGGCGGCAUCGAACAAGUUCGAAUUCACUGGCUACUGGAACUAAUUACGGUGGGAAUGACAGAUGGAAAACUUCACUACAACUUUACCAGUCUGGAUAACUUGAUGGAUCUUCUCUGGAAAAACAAAUUAAUUCCAGGGUUUGAAUUGAUGGGAAGCCCUUCAGGAUACUUUACUGAUUUUGAAGACAAAAACCAAGUUGUAAGGUGGAGGAACCUUAUUGCACUUCUGGCCAAGAGAUACAUAGAUCGAUAUGGGUUGGAACACGUCGCCAAAUGGAAUUUUGAAACCUGGAAUGAGCCAGAUCAUCACGACUUCGAUAAUGUGUCAAUGAGCAUCAACGGCUUCCUCAAUUAUUACGAUGCAUGCUCGGAAGGAUUAAGAGACGCUAGCUCUUCACUGAGAUUUGGAGGCCCGGGAGAUUCUUUCCAUCCAUUCCCAAAGUCACCCAUCUGCUGGAGUCUUCUCCGUCACUGCUACAACGGGACCAGCUUCUUCACUGGAGAGACCGGUGUGCGGUUGGACUACAUAGCCCUCCAUAAGAAGGGAGCUGGAAGUUCUCUAUACAUCUUAGAGCAAGAAACAGAAGCAGUGGCACAAAUUCAGAAGUUGUUCCCCAAUUUCACCUCCGUUCCUGUAUACAAUGACGAGGCAGACCCACUGGUGGGAUGGUCAGUUCCACAACCGUGGAGAGCUGAUGUGACCUACGCAGCCAUGGUGGUGAAGAUCAUCCUCCAACAUCAAAACCUGCUCCUUUCCAAAGCCAACAACACGAUCAACUACACUUUGCUGAGCAAUGACAACGCCUUCCUGAACUAUUACCCCCACUACUUCACCCAGAGAACACUGACCGCGCGAUUUCAGAUGAACAACACCAAGCCGCCGCAUGUCCAGAUGGUGAGGAAGCCUGUGCUGACGGUGAUGGGGCUGCUGGCGCUACUAGGGGAAAAGCAAGUUUUUGCAGAGAUUACCAGCACAGACAAAAGGGCCGACGCAAACACCGUUGGAGUGCUAGCCUCCGUGCACAUCGCUGCUGAACGAGGGACUUCAGACAGCUGGCAGGCCGCCAUACUGAUCUAUGCUAGUGACGAUACCCAGACAUCAGCUAACCUCACUGCUGUAACCGUGAACGUCACCCAUUUCCCCAGGCACGCAGAGCUGGUGUACGUGACAUACUACCUGGACAACCACCUCACCAAUCCCUAUUUGGAGUGGAAGAAAGGAGGCAGCCCCGACUUUCCGUCUGCAAAGCAAUUCCGACAAAUGAGGGAUGCCGAGGGCCCAGUGGUGAGAGGACCAUUCCCGUUUCCUGGGGACGGCCGCCUCAUCAUGAAACAGGAGCUGCCAGUUCCAUCCGUCUUCCUCCUCCACGUCUGUGCACGACCUCACUCGGCUCCCAAUCAAGUGACAGGUGUUCACCUGAUACCGCUGACCAAGGGGCAGGUUGCAGUAGUUUGGGACGAUGGCUGUGUGGCUUCCAAAUGUCUGAAGACUUUCGAAGUUGAGUUCUCGCCAGACGGAAAAGCGUACGAACGGAUUAACGCCAGAGAUACGAUCUUCACUCUAUGGGUCUACAGCCCAGGAGCCGCCGUCUCAGGCUUUUACCGAGUGCGCGCCGUCGACUACUGGGGCAAGCCAGGCCUCUUCUCCGUGCCUGUGCCGUACCGCGAGGCUCUGGAAUGAGCGCAACACUGUCCGCCAGCCGGAGGAGAAACCCAAGUCUGCCUCCCGCCUGCAGCAGCAAAGGCAACGCCAGCCUCACGCGCCAGGGAAUUCGCCAGCUAGCCGGGAAUGCGGCACACCCGGUCUCGCGGCAGACCUCGUGGCGCGCGAAGACACAUCUCGUCCCAAAGUGAGGAGGGAACAACUUGUCUCUUAUCCGCAGGUGGCAACAGACUCGGGUUCCCCUCAGUGCUGUGGGUCACAGAAGCACGGGGGGCGGGUCUGGAGUCAGAGCCGGCAGCCCCCCUCAGGACGGCCGGAGAGUGUUUUCCUGUGAGGGGAGGCGCGGCCAGGACUGGAUUUCCUCCCCCUUGCUGCAGUGCUGGCUGCGUGGGAUAACGGCCAGCGGGCUGUGCCGAACACAGCCCGACGAGUGAGCAGAGCGGCCGGCGGCUGGAGUCCUGCUCCCUGGCUCCCAGGGGUGAGCUCAGCCCCUUUUCCUGGAGGACUGUGGGAUCUCCAUGCAGGGUGUCCAACGUUCCUCGCCCCCGGGGGCAGCAGCCUGGCAGCCAUUUGCUUGCUCUCGGACCCUUGCCCACCUGAGCCACGUCCUUCCUGCUCAGGGGGCUGCGGGUGCCUCGCCCCCACCCAGAGGGGCGCCACCAGCACAGAGCCGUGCCUCUUUCAUGCUCCCAUCCGCUGGGAAAGUUCAAGCCACCGUUCCUGUCAGGCUGGUCCCUCCCACUGGCCCCUACAGGCCCCGUCUGUGGGUCCCUCGCAGCAGGGAGUCCCUCCCACCAGCUCUGACUUGGGGGCCAUGAGGGAACAUCCUCAGAGAGCUCCUACUCUCACCUCCCCUUCCUGUGCACUGCCCUUUUAAAGCCUGCCUCCCUCUUCCCAGCAGGCACUGCUUCCACCCAGUCACAUGCGCCUGCUGCGGACUACAUCCCCCAGCGUGCCUUGCCUUAAAUGAGACAAGGCUUUGUGGCAGAAAGCCUGGGCCUUGCCUUCCCCUCGUGGGCAGCCAAAUGUUUGUUAGCGGCUCCAUUUAGAGGCUUUUAUACAUUUCUCCGAUUGAGGCAUGAAAUGCUUCGGUAUGUGACGGAUGCCUGGUAACGGACGUGUGUUAAUUAGAAAAUCUACCCUUGGGACUGGGGUAUUAGCAUGUCAUUGCCUCCCACAAAACAAAGGAGUACUGAAUACUGCGCCCAGGCAAUGGUUGUCAGGUUACAUUUUUUCUUCAAAAAUGUGUGUUUGGGUUGAACAAAACAGUGCCUGAAUUUGUGGCAAAUUUGCCAGACCGUUUUGGUUGGAAAACAAAACAAAACAACCCCAAACCAAACACGUUUCAAAAUGAAAAUGUUUUGACUUGGAUUCAAAACAGCUUUGUUCUGAAUGUUGCUUCAGUCUAAUUUGAAAAUAAUGUUUUUAAAGACUCCCACUAAACAGCGUGUGGCUUGGCCUGAGCUGACAGACUUUUCAGUAUGGCCCCCAGACUUGCAAGUCCGCUGCUUGGCACAGCUCUUGGGGACACCUCUGUGCUCGUGCUAAUGCCUGUUGUACAGCGCGACGUGCUCUGUGCGUUUAGUCCGGCCCCUCAUCACUGGACUGCUUUGCAGCGUGUUUUUAAAAAGAUCACUGCAGUGAAAAGAGCGAGGCUACGGUGGAGGAACACACCUCUAUUACGAACAACGCGUAUGCUCUGUGGUGAUAUAAUAUACCUCACCACCAUAACAAAGCAGGCACACUUGCACUGCAAUAUGAAAUCAGCUGCAUAGUACCAGGGAGGAAGCGUUUGGCAUGGUGGAUUCAAAUGGGAUUUGUCUCACACCCGGAUUCAGUACCAGGGCUAUGUCAUUAACAUCAGCAACACAUUCCCCGGCCUUCCCCAGCCUCCUAGCUAUGGAUUUUGUACCCCUCCUUCAUUGAUUCUAGGCACAGGUAACAACCACUGAGAUGGAAUUAAAGUUGAGAGCAGAGGCCUGGAAAAAUAUGUUUAAUUACGAGGCCACCUAGUGACUGGAUUUUAUUAACGCAGCAGAAGUUUUCCAUCCCCGUCUGCCUCGGUAACAGAGAGGAAACUACGUUACAGGGACGUUGCAUGUGUUCCCGCACAGAUGAAGCCAGAAAGGACAGUUACUGUUAAAUAAAUCCAACAAUGUCAAUGCAUAGAAAUGCAGCGUUAAUUCUGCACUCUGCAGUGAGACCUGGCAGAGGGAGAAACGUUUAGCUUUCAAAAUCAUGUGUCUCGUCAGCAGCCCCCUGCACUGUCCAGCCUUAAUCACAGCCGGUAUUUCCAUAGCAUCGCGCCAUGGCGUCUGCUGAAGGAGAAGUUAAGGUAAGAAUAGUCCAGUGUCACUCGUGCACAAGAGUUUCCAUGAGUUAAUCCUGUGAGCAGCACGAAGCGGCUGCCAUGCCAAAAUUGAACGUGUGGUUUAACUGAGCUGGUGGCUGCCCUUACGAUUCCUGUCCACAUCUUGAAAGACUCUUGUCUCAUCCUUCUUCCUACACAUCUCCGGGUGCAUACAACCCACGUGCCUCCCCACCCCCACCGCUUCCUGGCUUAUAGACGCAGGGGGAGUCUAGAAGCGUCCACUGCCCGGAAUGGGAGCUGCAGGUGAUUAGCAUCUCGGGCUUAGGGUACUGUGUUUCAAACAUUCUAAUGUGGCUUUCGAUGCCGGAAAAUUUCAGCCUCAGUGGGUACAUUUUCUAAGCACUGAAGACAGGCUGCUGCAAUGGGAAGUGUUAGGCAUCACUACUCCCUCCUCCUCACGUGCUUUGUAUUAUGGAGACUCCUGCUGGGGCAGCCAUGAGGCCUUAGGAUGGUGGUACCAAUAUUCCACAAUCCUUAGGGCCUCGGUGACUCCCCACAGGCCCUUGCCGGUGACAGGCAACCCCUGUGACUCCUAGGACAGCCCGGGUUAUCACGAGAGGAUACCACAGACAGCAGACAAGGAUAAACAGCGUUUGAUUCUUGCAAAGGAUGGGGAGAAAUGAAAGCCUAGAAAGGGAAUUGGCAGUUGUCCUCAGGGUGCCAAGUAACCCAUCCCACUGCACUCGGCAGCACGGCCGCUAACGAUGCUCAGGCCCCCUGCUCCUCCCACCGGCCGUAGCGGGCAGGGCAGGUGGCGCUGGAUGUGAAAGGUGGGAAUACCUUGUUGGGACACUCCUGGCCGCUCGCCGAGGGGUCUGCAGGGCACAGCGGGCAGUCAGUUCUCACAGGUGCCAUGCAGUGCUGGGACAUGGGAGCUGCCAUGGAGCUGGGAGGUGUAAGUAAUGCCAGUUGCGGGGCUAAACGCGUUGUACGCACUCCCGGCCGGGGAGGUAUUUCCCUGUCUGCCGGACUGUUUAUCUGCUGAGCAGAUUUGUCAAUAAAGGGACUUGCAAUAAACUGCAUUUGUCUCUCC